GAGCGUCGUUUCUCUUCCGGGCCACACAAGCGUCAACUACGGAAUCCAAAACAGAGUGUGGAAUGCCAACUUUUGGAUUCACAUCGAACCACAAAUCUGAAGAAAAUGUUGUUAAAUCAGGAAACUUAUUUGAUCUUUCUCCAAGUAAUAGCAAUCCCAUACAAAGUCAGUAUAGUACACCUUUGACGGUAAAUAUUAAUACGAGUGCUGGUGCACGAAGAGAUUUAGACUCUCCUGAAGACCUCUACAAUUAUGCAAAAUGUUCAGAUUCAAAUGACAUGCAAAGUGUUGACCAAACCCAUUGGCCUGCAGUUAAAUUAUCCCGUCUACCAAUCGGAAAUAAUACAAAAGCUUAUCUUCAGAAUCAAUUUCAACGUUUUGGUCGAAUUGAACGAAUUAUUUGCCAACCAUCGUUGGAUAGUGCCUAUGUCGCUUUUGAUUCAAUGUCAUCUGCAAGUCGAGCUAAACGAUUAGGACGAGAGCCUGUUUCACCUGAUGAUGGUGGCUUACCGAGCACUGUUCUUUUAACAAUGUCACGAUGUCGUCGAUUUAGCAAUUCAGGUUCAAGAUUAUCGCCUAAAUUCAGUUCUACCAGUGGUUUUAGUAUGAAUAGCAGUAAUAAGUUACAGUUAUCCUCAGUACGCACAUCUGGUUUAAAAAGACCGAUUUUAUCACGAACACACACGAAGCCGAUUGUAAAUAAAAAACAAUUUUCUAGUGUAACGGACUCAAGUGGUGAUAAUCAGUCACCGGUGACUUCGAAUUCUGAAGUCACUAAAACCUUAUCGUCUUUAUUACCAUUUCCCCAGCCACCAGCUCCAGCGUCAACGUCAGCCUCACUGUUACCACUACCCUCAUUAUCUCAAACAGUAUACAGUACACAAUCAAUAAUAUCUCCUAUUUCCCUAUCAAAUGCACCUAUUCAUAAUGGCAAUAAUUUAUUUCAACAGAAGUCUGUUUAUGCUGUCACACUGGAGGAACGAUUGUCUCUGUUACAGGAAUACUAUAAACGUGAUUGUGAAUUACGAACUAAGUCAACUGAUUCAAUUAACCUGUAUUCAUUUGCACACCAUAGUAAUAGUAAUACAGAUGAGCCAAUUCAUCAUGCUCCUAUAAAAGGUACAUGUGAAGAUAUGUGUCCAGAACUGGAACGUUAUCUACGAGCCGUUCAUCAGCGUGUAUCUAUAUUUGAAUGUUUACCGUCAACUCUAAGUUCAAAUUCAUCCAGUUGGGAAAUGGAUCAUACACGAGCCGUAAAAGACUAUCAACGUUCAUCAGCUGAUCAACCAGUUCCUUUACCAAGAGAAUUACGUCCAACACAUGUGCUACAACGUACAAUGGCUUAUUUAUUAGCUACUAUAGCUGAUCGUCCAGAGAUUGACACGACACGUAGUCUUUGGAAACCAUGGUAUGAAUUUAUGUGGACACGUACACGUGCUAUACGUAAAGAUAUACGUCAGCAAAACUUAUGCUGUCCAAUUGUUAUCAGUGUUAUUGAACGGAUAGCAAGAUUUCAUAUAUUCUGUGCUGCACGCCUGGUUGAUCAACCAGUGGAUAGUUUUGAUCCACGUAUUAAUUCAGAGAACUUGACACAAUGUUUACAGACAUUAAAAGAAAUGUACAGUGAUUUAGAUAUGUUAAAUUCUUCAUCAACAUCAUUGUUAUCAUCUUCGUCGUCGUCGACGUCUGCUGAACAUUUAUGUCCUAAUGAAGCAGAAUUUCGAGCUUAUAUGCUUUUAAUGAAAUUGAAUGACCAAAAUGAAAUCAAUGAAGCUCAACGUCUACCUGAUCGUAUACGUAAAUCUAAACCUGUACGCUUUGCAUUCGCUGCACAUGAAGCACUGAUAACAAAUAAUUAUGUUCGAUUUUUUCGAUUAGCUCGUCUAGCCCAAUGUCUACCGGCUUGUCUUAUGCAUAGAUAUUUUGUACAAAUACGUGGUCAAGCUUUAACAAGAUUAUCAUAUGCUUUUGCUGGACAUCCAAAACGUGAAGUCCAUUAUCCUAUUUCUACGCUGACUAGACAACUUGGUUUUGAAAAUAAUACUGAAACAAAAGAUUUCUGUGAACGUUGGGGUUUAACAACAGAUGAUUCAAAUGUGAUUUUUGAAAAACAGGUGCAACCGGAACCACCUGAGUUACCAUGGAGAGAGAAUAGAUCAUUUCAGCUAAUUGAAAACAAACGAAUCGGUACUACACUAUCUGAAUUAUUCAAUGGUUCACCUAUUAAUCCUUCAGAUGCUAUACCACCUCCUGUAAAAUCUUCAUUCGAUACAAAUGGUAUGUACAUAGCAGGUGGACAGAAUACAAAUGUACAAACUGUUACUAGUAAUAAUGAUAAUAACAAUAAUAAUAUGGUCGUCAGCUCCAGUGGUGGUUUUGGUAAUGCUCUAUUCAGCAAUCGUAUUACUGCUGAUGAUGGAAGCAGCAGCAACAACAGAAACAGCAAUAUCAUCAAUAGUACUGUGGACUAUUCUCUUUCAUCCUCCUCAUUAUUCCCUUCAUUUCAACAAGCAAAACUGAAUUCUUCACUAAUUACGUCACAAUCAUCAUCAUCAUCGUCGUGGUUAACUGGAGCUGCUAACACACAGAACAAGAAACCGAUUGAUAAUCAACUCGUUGAACAGAUCUUCUAUGAAUGUGUUGUUGAUGAUGUUAUGCAUUUUAAAGAGUUAGCUGAAAGUCUUCUCCUACAAGAGAUGAUCAUACAUGAAUGGAUCGAAAAUUUAAUUGAAACGCUUUUUAAAGAACAGUUGAUUGAGAUAUAUAACAAGGUAAUCCAUCCAGUUAAUGAAAUGAGUAAAGUGAUGAUUGAAAGUUUAAUAAAUGAAAUAAUAAAUGAGGAAUUGUAUCAUAUUGUACAAUCUGAAUUCAUCCUAGAAUCACUUUGUAAUGAAAUUUUUGAUCAAUUAAUCAAAGAACGCUUGUACAAAUUAACGUCCUCCUCGUUAACCAAAUCACUAGCUACAUCAUUAUACAACGCUAACUUGAUUAAAUAUUGUGUCAAUCAUUUUCGUUAUUUAAUAUGGAAACGUGAAGAAGCAGAACAAGAUGAAAUUCUCUUAAAUAGAAUGUCAACAUCAGUUGGAGUGGAUUGUCUACCGUUACGUUUAAUGCUUAUAAAUAAUUAUCAUGAUUAUUAUUGUAAUACUACUAAGGUCAAUGUUAGUGCGAACCAAUCUCAAGCCAAUAAUAAUUUGUCUGACGCAAUAGACAGUCAGAAGACAGGAAUACUUCCAGUUAGAAAUGCAUUACUAGAUAAUCAUUAUUUAAUGAAUUCAAGAUUUUCACCGGAAAUUUCAAAGGUGGAUGACGGACUGACAUGGAGUGUUUUGAAACCAUCUUCAAUAUUCUGUAAAUAUCCACUUGGAAUAUAUACCUCAAUUCUACUUCCUCCAUAUGGUUGUUCUGAAACUGUACAAAAACAGCUGAAAAACACAGUCCAUUGGAUAUAUAGAAAAUUUAAAGAUUUUCCUUUAAUCCUAUUGGAUAAAUGGCCAGAUUCAUCAUUGUCAGGCAAAUUAUCUGCUUUAAUUGUGAUUGGUCAGUUUAAUCAUCCAAUUACCAGAGAGCAAUUAGUAUUAUCGAUGCAACCGUUGGAUUCAUCAGAUGUCUCACUCAGUAAUUCUUCUUCGCAACGCAAACCAGUUGAUGAUCAUCUUUUAGUUUUGGCUAUCACAAUCGCUACACAAACGCCUUUAAGCUUAUCAACUGAAAAUUUAAAAAAUCCAUUGAAUGAUAAUGAUGGUAUUUGUGUCUUGCAGCUAACCAAUCAUAUUUCUCUUGGAAGUGGUGGUAAAUUCUUGCCGAAUCCUUAUUGGUCAAUUAAUUUACAGUAUUCUCUUAAUUGGUUAGAAGAGUGUUUUAGGAGAAUGCUUAACCGUUCUCCAGUUGAUGUUAGAAGCUGGAAUCACCGACGAAAAUGUCAAAUUAACAAUGCUAGUAAUAACAAUCGUAACCAUCACAUAUAUUCGACUACUUCGUUAUCAUCAUUAUCCGCGUCAACGUCAGCAUCUACGGUGCCUGCUGAAGUCACUGUUUAUACAGAAUUGAGUGAUUUAGUUGACCAGUAUAUUGAUGCAUGCUUUCUACGUCCUUUGGCAGAUCUUUCAGCAUUUUGGAAAUCACAAGACUUCGUAGACCCAUCAAUGAAGUCUUUACUUGAUGCAUAUCAUACAAUGUUAUCACGUCUAUUCGUUCAAUUACUUCCAGUUAACAAGGAAUUAACUAAUCGCCUGCAUAAUACUCUUAUCCUAUCGAAGAAGGUUAUCAAUUUGGUAUGUAUUGAUUAUUUAGAAGAAACAAAGACAGAAUCGAAAACUCCCAGUAAUCUUGCUUUAAAGUCACCCUCCUCCCCCUCCUCCUCGUCGUCGUCAUCGUCGUCAUCAUGGAGCAUAUUAGUUCAAAAUUGGACAACUCUUUCAAAAGAAUUAAAUUUCAGCUUAUCAACUGAAUGUUGGAUUAAUACAUCUAUUCGUAAAGUUGAACAGAAUUUUAAAUUACAUUUGAAUAAAGUAUUCUCUCCUAGUCCAGUGUAUAAAUCAUCGUCAACAUCAUCAUCAAUAAUAUCCAAUUCAAUUCGAAAAGUGUUACCCUCUGUUUAUUUAGCGCCUAAUUUGAAUUUGUUUUUCGCUCUCAUUCGAAAUGGUUUAAACAAUUUGUCCAAUGUAUUAGUGAACAAUUAUAAGGCGAAAAGUAAUAUUGAGCUUGCUAAGGUGAUUGAAUUUUCGAACGUUAUUGUUAAAUUGAUUGAACAAAUUGAACCAGAAAGUAUUUUGAAUGAUAUGACUGAAUAUUUUAAAAAUAUUGAUGAACCGUGUAUGAAACAAGUGAACGCUAUCAAUCUAUCCAUUCAUAAUUCACGUUAUAAUGAUAUUAAAAAGUGUCUACUUAUAACCAAGCCAUCAUCAUCAUCAUCGUUAACAUCAAUGUCAGCCUCAGCGUCCAUUUCGGCAUCAAAUGUUGAACAAGAAGAAUCAUCUUUAUCAGUUCGUUUAGAUAAGUUGUGCUUAAAAAUUCAACAAGUUGAAAAUUCAAUGACUGAAGCAUUAAAUGAAACAACACAAUCAACUAGUAGUAUCCAAUGA